AUGGCGUCGCCAUGGCGCGAGGCGAGGCGAGGCGGGACCUUGUCGCCUCAAGGGUCUGAGGCGAGGCGGGGUUUGCAAAGGCGUCGCCAUGGCGUCGCCUCGGCUGUAGCGCUACAUAGAUCGAGGCGACGCCUUAUAAGUUUGAGGCGAGUCAGGAUGAAACGUCGCUGCCGGCUUGCCCCCACAGUCAUUACUGUGAUAGAACCGAUAUUUGAUUCUCAAUGGGCUGCUUAUAUGAAUAUGGAGGACAAUAGUAAAAAAGACAUUGCUUGGAAGUAUUCGAAGAGGGAUCCCACAAAUAUACAUGCAUUUACUUGCAAUUAUUGUGGGAUCACGUACAAAGGCAGAGUCUCAAGAAUGAAGCAACAUUGGGUUGGAGGCUUUCCAAAUGUCUUACGAUGUUCAAAAUGCCCGGCGGAAGUUCGUGUAGAAGUAAAAGAAUACAUGGAAAUGAAAAAGAAACAAACGGAGCAUAGAAGAUGGGUAGUGGACAUUGAUGAAGCGGUUGAUUUGGAUGAUUAUGAUGUCGAAGAAGAAGAAAUUGUUCCCAUGAAGGCUCCAACUCCAAAGAAUCUAUCCUCCUCCGCAUCCACUCAAGGUUUCAACAUGAAGAAAACUCAAUUUCAAUUGAAGAGGCCAAAAGCAAAAGGGGCUAUUGAUUGCUAUUUUACACCCGAUGCCGAAGUUGCCGUGGAAAAUCGAAAGAGCAAAGGAAAGCAACCAAGAAUAGAUGAGAAUUCGCCCUAUCGAGAAGAGUUGAGGAAGAGAGCUUAUGAAAAGAUUGCAAGGUUUCUAUAUGAAGCCGCGGUCCCUCUUAAUGUGGUCAAUUGUCCGGCUUUUGGGCCUAUGAUUGAGGCUGUUGGAAAUUAUGGUUCCGGGUUGCCGCCGCCGACGUACUAUCAAGUAAGAGGCCCGUUGCUUAAGAAUGAGAAAGAGCACGUGAUGAAGAUGAUGAAAGAGCAUGAGCUAUCUAGAGCACAAUACGGGUGCACAUUGAUGUGUGAUGGGUGGACCGAUCGGCGGAAUCAGACUUUGAUAAACUUUUUGGUGAACUCUCCUCGUGGCACCGUGUUCCUUCACUCCGUUGAUGCAUCGAGCUAUGCAAAGGAUGCAAGGAGAAUUCAAGACUUGUUGGAAACUUACAUUGAAGCCAUUGGAGAAGAAAAUGUGGUUCAAAUUGUAACCGAUAGUGCGGCGGCAAACAAAUUGGCCGGGCAUUACUUGGAGGGGAAGUAUCCACAUUUAUAUUGGAGUCCUUGUGCCGCACAUUGCCUCGACUUGAUGUUAGAAGAUAUUUUCAAAAUUCCUUAUCUUCAAAGGACAUAUGAGAGGGCUACAUCUACAAUCGUCCCACUUUGUUGA